GUCGCCUCCGCCGCGUCUUAGGUCAGUCACCUGAUACUGCUCCGGGCUCCUGAUAAGCUUUCUCGUACGCUUAGCCGCUUUUCCGCUCACUGAAACAUGUCUGCAAAGUGGCGAGCUCUGCAGCAUCGUCAUCGUUACACUUACAGUGCUGUCUUGUUCCCAAGCUCGUUCGCUGCUUCUUUGAGCCAAUCUAGUUUGUUUCAGUCUUGCCCCAAGUUUUACUCCAACAUUGAAGAAUUGGUUUCGUUGAAUUCAAUCUACGCGCAAGUUAAUCACGCCAAGAAGAUUGUUGCUUCAUUCGGAGAGGUACUCGCCAAGAACCAUGAGAAUGAAGGAGGCGAGAGAGAGGCAGUUUCUGUACGGGAAGCUAUUCGGUUUUACUUGGAGAUUCUGUUCAUGGAGAAUUCUUUGCCUCUACAUAAGACCCUUGUUUCAGCCUUGGCUAAGACUAGUAAGUUUCAUUCAGUGAUUAGUUCAUGUUUUAAGGAGCUUUGUGAUGAAUAUGGCGGUUUGGAAGAUGGUGGGAAUCGAUUCUGUGUGUCUAGAGUUGCUUUGUCAGUGAUGGGUAUGCCAAAGUUGGGAUAUUUGGUUGAUAUAAUUGAAGAUUGCGCGCUUUUGGUGGGUCAUGAUAUCGUUUCAGGGUUGAAUGGUAUAAUCUUAGACAGUGAAGCUUGUGAUAGGCCUCCUCCCACUGUUAUGGAGCAAUGCCAAGAGGCUUUGUCUUGCUCGUAUUACUUGUUUCAGCGGUUUCCUUUGAAGUUUAAGGGUUUAAUUGGGGAGGAUGCAAAUUUUAUGGAGAGUGUUUUGGCUGUUCAACUAAGCAUUUUGAAGUCGUCAGCGUUUUCUAGGGACUGUUAUGUGGCUGCUGGUGUGAGUUUCUGCGCUGCUCUACAGGUCUGUCUUAAAGACGAAGAGCUUGGAUUGUUUAUAGCGCAAGGUAUAUUUUGCUGGAGUAGUGUCGUUACAUUGACUGAUAUUGUUAGCAAAAUUCCAUUUGCUGGGGACAUUUGUUCUGAGAUUUGCAGUUUUUCAUCUUUGAGUAGACUCUGCUUGAUCCGAGGCAUUCUUACUACAGUUUCUAGGGGUAUACUUGUUUCAUCUUUUGGUCGGUUGAGUAACAGUGAUUGUGAUCACAAAACUAUUCUGUAUGAUGGAAUUUUGCUUGAACUUUGUGAUUUAUGCGAGAACCCCAUUGACAGCCAUUUAAAUUUUCACGCGCUAACUGUGAUGCAGAUUUGCUUGCAACAAAUCAAGACAUCUAUGUUAACUGAUUUAUCAGAAGAUUAUGAUCCUAUGCCGGACAGCAUGACAGCUCGAAUACUCAGAACUAUAUGGAACAACUUGGAGGACCCUUUGAGCCAGACAGUCAAACAAGUCCAUCUCAUGUUUGACCUCUUACUAGACAUUCAAACCACAGUUCACCAGACAGAUGAUAAAGUGGGAAUAAGGGGAUCUUUGCUUAAAAUUGUCAACUAUCUUCUUCGUUUAGGAUCACGCUGUAAGGGACGGUACGUUCCAUUAGCAUCACUGACAAGACGGUUAGGUGCUAAGACUUUGAUGGAUAUGAGCCCUAACCUAUUGUUCGAGAUGGCAAAUGCAUAUGUUGAUGAUGAUGUCUGUUAUGCUGUAACAUCAUUUUUAAAAUGUUUCCUUGAAAUGUUGCGUGAUGAAAGCUGGGGGAGCGAAGGUGUUGACCAGGGUUAUGCACGUUAUCGAGAACAUUGUUUGCCUCCUUUCCUUUACGGGCUUGCUUCUGGCAUGUCGAAACUGAGGUCCAAUCUAAAUACUUAUGCCGUACAAGUUUUGCUAGAACUGGACGUAGACAGUAUAUUUCUUUUGCUUGCGUAUAUAUCUAUUGGGCCUAGUGAGGAAGAGACCAAGCUAAACUAUACUGAGUUGAGUAACAUGAGUAUGGAACUGACCGUCGAACAGAAGGUGGUUGUUUUAGUAUCAUUGCUGAAAGUUUGUCGCACACUUGCAUUCCUUGAAGGGGAUAUUGAACAAAAAAGAAGUACUGAUACAUUUGCAAUUGUUCAAAUUAAGGGUGUUGAGUUGAAAGUGCCCAUUGAGUGGCUGAAAAUGGCCUUAACCCAUGUUGAUGAGUCUGUUCGUGUGGAUGCUGCAGAGACACUCUUUUUAAACCCCAAGACUGCUAGACUUCCAUCCCCCUUGGAGCUUUAUCUCAUGAAGGAGGCUGUUCCCUUGAACAUGAGGUCAUCUUCUACAGGUUUUCAAAUGAAGUGGACCAGUUUGUUCAGGAAAUUUUUUUCCCGGGUCCGUACGUCUCUGGAAAAGCAGUAUAAGCAAGGUAGCUGGCAACCACUUAAAAGCGACGAUAAUGCAGUUCUACGAGCAGAGAGUUUGUCCAAGUUUAUGAGGUGGUUGAGUUCCUUUUUGUUUUUAUCUUGCUACCCUUCUGCCCCAUACAGGAGAAAAAUAAUGGCUACAGAGCUUAUACAGAUCAUGAUCGAUGUCUGGCCUGUAGUGGCUUCUAAGGAUCCCGCUUCUCAUCAAGGUCAUUUAUACCCAUAUUGUGAUAUAGUCACUUCACAUAAUUCGACGUUAUUGUUGGUUGGAUCGAUUGUUGAUAGUUGGGACAGGCUUAGGGAAAAUUCUUUCCGUAUUUUGCUUCAUUAUCCAACUCCAUUUACUGGCAUUUCAAGUGAAGACAUGGUCCAAAACAUUAUUCCUUGGGCCAAACAUCUAGUCUGCAGUCCACGGGUUAGAGAGAGUGAUGCAGGUGCUUUGACUCUAAGGCUCAUCUUUAGAAAGUACGUAUUGGACCUUGGAUGGAUAGUCAAGGUUUCAACUAGUGUUUUUUGUGGUCCAAGAGAGUGUGAAAGCAGAAAUGGUCUUUAUCAGAACUCCAAAGUCAAGUAUCCUGUGAUUGAGUAUAUCAAAUCACUUAUUCACUGGCUUGAUGAUUCUGUGAUGGAGGGAGAGCGUGAUCUCUCUGAAGCAUGUAAGAACAGUUUUGUUCAUGGGGUAUUACUAGCUUUGCGUUAUACUUUUGAGGAACUGGACUGGAACUCUAACGCAGUGCUAAGUAUAUCAGAGAUGAGAAAGGAACUGGAAAAGCUUCUUAAACUGGUAACUCGAAUAACUACAUUAGCACUUUGGGUGGUUUCUGCAGAUGCUUUGUGUUUGCCUGAGGAUAUGGAUGACAUAAUAGAAGAUGAUAGUUUUUUGUCAAAUGUACAAGAUGAUGCUGCCGCUGUUCUCUCAGAGGAACACAAGAGUACUUAUCCAAAACAUGUGCAUGAAACAAUACAAUCAGAACAAGUAGUUAUGGUUGGUUGCUGGCUCGCUAUGAAGGAGGUGAGUCUUCUUUUGGGAACCAUCAUAAGAAAGAUUCCAUUACCUACCAGUAGCCUUAGACCGUUAGAAAAUGGUAAUACAGCUUCUGCAGUCCCCAGUGAUUCAGUGAUAGGAAAUUCUGAGUUACUGCUUGACCUGAAUCAACUUGAAAAGAUUGGAGACCACUUCUUGGAAGUUCUUUUGAAAAUGAAGCACAAUGGUGCGAUAGAUAAGACAAGAGCUGGAUUUACAGCUUUGUGCCACCGUUUACUAUGUUCUAAUGAUCCAAGACUUUGUAAGUUGACAGAAUCCUGGAUGGAGCAACUUAUGGAAAGAACUGUGGCGAGAGGACAAACAGUGGACGAUGUGUUAAGAAGAAGUGCAGGAAUUCCCGCUGCAUUUAUUGCUCUUUUUCUAUCAGAACCGGAAGGUUCACCAAAGAAGCUUCUCCCACAUGCGCUUAGAUGGCUAAUAGGUCUUGCAGAGAAACCUCUCUUGGAUCCCAUGGAACAGAAAGGUUCUAAACAUAUGGUGGAGGAGGUCAAUUCUUCUGAUAUGCAUUCAAGUGAAAACCUUUCAAAGGUCCGUGAAGAAGGAGUCGUUCCAACGGUGCAUGCAUUCAAUGUUCUCAAAGCUGCUUUCAACGAUACAAACUUGAGCACUGAUACUUCUGGGUUUGCUGCGGAGGCUAUGAUUGUUUCAAUAAGAUCCUUCUCUUCACAAUAUUGGGAGGUCAGAAACAGUGCCACACUUGCAUACACUGCCUUGGUCCGUCGAAUGAUUGGAUUCCUUAAUGUUCAAAAACGUGGAUCUACCCGUCGUGCCUUGACUGGGCUUGAAUUUUUUCACAGGUACCCCUUGUUGCACCCUUUCAUAUACAGUGAACUAAAGACAGCAACUGAUUUGCUUGACGCAUCUGGUCCAUGUGAUUCAAACGCUGCAAAUCUUGUCCAUCCGAGUUUAUGGCCUAUUCUGAUUCUUUUAUCUAGGCUUAAGCCUUCACCCAUUGCAAGUGAAACUGGAGAUGACCUGGACCCGUUCGUUUUCAUGCCCUUUAUUAUGAAAUGCUCUACUCAAAGCAAUCUCCGUGUUCGUGUUUUGGCAUCACGUGCUCUAGUUGGUCUUGUUUCCAAUGAGAAACUCCAAAGUGUCCUGCUCCAAAUUGCCUCAACUUUACCUUCUAAUGGGGCCCAAGGUAGGUCCUUCAAUUACCUUCACGGAAUUUUGUUGCAACUUGGUAGUCUCCUAGAUACAAAUUGUAGAGACCUUGCUGAUGAUUCUAAGAAGGAUCAGAUUAUUGGAAAAUUGAUCAAUGUUUUUUCAAAAUGCACGUGGAUGGCUUCUCCAUUGACUUGUCCAUGCCCGAUCCUCUGUACAUCGUUUUUGAGAGUGCUUAAUUAUAUGCGAGUUAUUGAAUGGACAAGCUCUGAAAGCCAAAAUCUAAGGGACAUCUACAAAUUGCAUCUUGAUCUGUCUACAAAUUGCCUGGAUACAGAUGCUUCUUAUGGUUUCUCCUAUUAUGACCCUUCAAUCGCUGAGCUUAGAGAACAAGCAGCUGUAUCUUAUUUUGGUUGCAUAUUUCAACCAUCCGAUGAAGCAGCGGAAGUUUUCCAGAUUACUCAAAGACCAAAUCUACAAUUGCAGAAAGUUCCUGAAGCGUCAGAUUUUCCUGACCUUAACGAAAGGCUCCUUCGUAGUUUAUCUGAUCAAUCAUAUGAAGUUCGUCUUGCAACACUGAAGUGGUUUCUGCAGUUUCUGAAGUCAGAAGAUUCCAGUUUCUCAGAGUCAAGCAGUAUUUGGAACUGGGCGAAAAACGGUCUCCAAGAGGUAUUAUUAAAGCUCUUGGACAAGGAGAAAAACCAUAAAUGUGAGAACUACAUUCUAAAGAUUCUUUUCCAGUGGAAUCUGCUUAUGUUCAAAAAAUCAUGUAACGGGGAAUCUGUUGAAGGCAUUUACGUUGGUUCGCUGAACUAUGAUUUGGUGCUUCAUCUUUGGGGCAGGCUGACUUCUCUAUUUGAGAGCACACGACGUGCUAAAAUCCGAGGUACACUCAUGUGUUGCCUGGCAAUUUGUGUACAGCAUCUCACGGGUUUGUUCUUUCACAACAACGAUUCUGAAAAGGAAGAGGAAUCAAGAUGGAGCUGCGUAAUUGAUUGUGUCUCUUACUUUGUUAACCUGAUUAAACAGAAAAGCUUAUCAUCCGAGCAAGUGAAUGUUCGCCAUGCAUCUGCAGAAGCUAUUAUAGCAUCUGGUAUACUGGAACAAGCCAAGAUCGUUGGUCCUCGUGUCUUUAAUCACCAAAUUCCCUCUAAAAAUACACCAAGCAAAUUUCAAAACGCUUGCAAUUUGUACGCAUAUCAAAUUCUGGAUAUGUGGUUCACUUGCAUCAAAUUGUUGGAGGAUGAAGAUGAUCUCAUUAGGUCAAAACUCGCCACGGAUGUCCAGAAGUGUUUCUUCACUGCUAUGGAAGUUCCUACUCAAGUAGAUAAAGUCUUAGAACUGAGCUUCAACCAUUUAUCUUCUGUCUUUGGGCACUGGAACGAGUAUUCCCAAUAUCUCUCGAGAUGGGUCUUCAACACUGCAGAUUACUCACCCCCACCAAAGGGAGGUGGUGAUCUAGUUAGACGGGUAUUUGAUAAAAUCGAUAAUCACCAUGAAGAAAAGCUUCUGAUCUUGCAGUUUGGCUGUUACCAUUUACAGAAACUACCAAACAAUGAGUUUUCCCUGGCACAACUACUCGACUGGAGGAGUAAAUUUCACAAUCAGUUGCUUUCUUUUGCUAAAGACCAUGUUAGUAAACAAAGAGAGAGCUGGGUAGGUGGUGUCGGGAACCACAAGGAUGUGUUUUUGCCACUCUAUGGUAAUCUCCUCGGUCUCUACGUCUUCUCCAACUGCAUAUUCAGAUUCUCAACUGACAGCAAUGACAAGAAAACUCUGUGGUCUGAUAUGAUUGAACUUGGGGGUGCACUGAAACCCUUUUUGAGGAACCCUCUGGUGUCUAACAUGUUCCGAGUAGUUGUCAGAUUACAUGAAAAGUUACUGGAUGAUUCUUUGGUGGACCUAGCUACUGUUCUCUCUGGAGAGAUAUGGGAAGGUUUUGACCCAUAUUUUCUUCUCACUGAAGGAGAAGUCAAAGCCGAAUCUUUCUUCUCAGUUGAGGAUCUGACGGCGUAGCUUGCUCUCCUCGGCAUCCCUAAGGUCACUGGUGGUGCUCCUAACAAGCUAUCUAAGAUGGUCUUUUGUGUUGUUGAAGCAAAGUGGUGGAGAAUUCAAUUGCACAGGUGUGAAACAAAAAGUCUUUCUCUUAGAGAGAAGCAUACAAGAACAAGAAGUUGUUGCCACUGGACUCUCCAUCCGAAGAAGACUAGAGCCAUCGGAAGGAGACGGAUCAAGCAACCAGAAGUGUACUUUCCAAUUAGUUAAUAUGAAAUCAGAGUUUACAUAAUUUACUCAGUCAUCUUCUCUUCUCUAAUGUAUACGAGAUUGAUCUUUGAAUCAAAGAUUUGAUUCUUUAAUUGUAUGAUUUCCAAUUCAAACAUAUCACUGUAUGAUUUCACAUAUACAAAUCAGUUUUCUCCGACA